AUGAUCAGCACCACGAGAAUGGAGACCAUCCAACUGCCGCAUCUCCCGCCGACACACUGCUUGCACGCCGUUCUGUUCCAGGAUGUUGGGAAGGCUGCAUACCUGAGACAGCAGCUCUUGGAGGGAAAUCCGGACUUCGAAUAUGCUUUCCUCGAUGCCUCCGUUUUGCUUUCUCGCAAGCACGUGCUCGCCGCAUGCUGGAAAGCCAUAAAUGAUGAUCUACAGACCAGACUCAAGACGAGGAACGUCCACUCCGAGAUCGUAUUCGCACUCUCCACCAACAACAAUAUAGCAGAAUCAUUUCGCCGCUUCGGCAUUUCGGAAGACAGCAAAAACGUCUUGGCUAUCAAAGUUGGCUCCUCGGACGCCCAAGGUGCGAUACAGCAUCACCUGUUGGAGCAUGUAAAAGGCACUCCCGCACCUUUCAYAGACGAAGAACUAGCUGCAGUGCAUGAUCCUGCAAGAAUCAGGAAGAUCUACCGUGUAGAAGCUCCUCAAAAGGGCGAGGCGCUGGUAUUGGGAAAAGAAGCAGAAGCUUUCAUUAUUGGUAGCAUGGCUCUGAAAAGCAGCUGA